AUGCUUGAUCUGCUCGACCUAUUGGUCGCUGCGGACGAACUGAUUCUUGGCGAGUUGGUGGAGCACACCCAAGAUUAUCUUAUUCAGCAUAAUGCAAAGUGGCUUCAAAAAAACAUUGUCAAAGUUCUGCAUACCAUCUUUCGUCACAAGACCUGUGAAAAACUUCAAAAUUAUUGUCUCGAGAUAAUCUCAGACGAUCCUCGGUUUUUAUUUGAAUCGGAACAUUAUCUUUCUUUGGAAAGUGAUUUAUUGGUCUCAUUGUUGGGACGUGAUGAUUUGGAGAUAGAUGAGAUUGAAAUUUGGGAUUACUUGAUAAGAUGGGGUAUCGCUCAGACCCCUUCUUUACCUCGGGAUUCUGAUGUCGAAAAUUGGACGCGCGAUCACUUUGGUGAACUCGAGGAGACCUUGCAUCAGUGCAUUCCGCUCAUUCGAUUUUUCCACAUCUCUUCUGACGAUUAUUUCAAGAAAGUAUUCCCUUACAAAAGAAUCUUACCGAAAUCAUUGAAACAAGAUAUUUAUGGAUAUUUUUUGUCCCGAGGUUAUCAACCCAAAUCUGUAAUUUUACCUCCCAGGAUACUACCCAUCGAAUCCGCGAUCAUCAAUAACAAGCAUGCGUCUCUCAUUGAACAUUGGAUACAAGCGAAAGGUGAUGAAUCUCAGCACUCUUUCAACUCGAAAUCGAACAACAGUUACUGUAAAAGGUUGGAGUUUGAUUGGAAACUAUUGUAUAGAGCGAGUCGUGACGGUUUUUCGGCCGCCGACUUUCACGCAAGGUGCGAUAAUCGCGGCGCUUGCGUGGUUGUCAUCAAAAUUCGAGGACACGCUCAGGUGAUUGGAGGCUACAAUCCUGUCGGCUGGUACUCGUAUCUCACUGGCUACAUUUCCACGAGUGAUAGCUUUGUAUUUUCUAUGGAUGCAAGUCGAAACCUUGAAAACUUCAAGCUCAAUCGCGUAAAGGACCCGGACAAUGCGAUCUACCAAGACCAAAAUCGCGGGCCGACAUUCGGAUAUCCCGAUUUAUCCGUGAGCGACCGUUGUAAUGAAAAUGCGCGGUCAAAUUAUGAACCGAAACCUCAUUAUCUUCAGAAUGGAACCACCUUGAUGCCCUCUUUCUACGUUGACGAUUAUGAAAUCUUUCAGGUAUAUAUUAUUGAAGAUGAUGAAGCCAAACACUGA